CAUUCGUAAACAACAACUCUUUGAGCGCGAAACUCUGUUUUCGAUCUGGAAAGACCUAUUACUCUUCGAGAGAAUCUCCUUGGCUCCUUCCUUUGCAUGCAGGAGGAUUCGUGGGAAAAUCUAUUUCUUCGUAAUUAUCUCCAAUAAAAGUACCCUUAGCACCUUGACAUCCAGGAGGAUUCGAGGAAGAUCUUCUUCAUACAUUUCUCGAAUAAAAGUCUCGGGGGAUCCACCGAGUCUUCGAACACAGAAGAAGGAGCCAAUUCAGCGAGUGCGCAACCUUAGCUACGGAGUCAGACUGACAUACCUCAACGUGACAUACAUCAACGUUUUUUGUCCAGGGAGGAGGCAUCGUAAGGAAAUUAAAUAUAUCCCUAUUGGAAAUAUUCCUCCGCCUGUAGAAAUGCAACAAUUUUCGCGCAAAGAAAACUUCUUAAUUGCCAACACUUUGAAUUGUGUGCCAUUCCUGCUGCAAGGCCAUUCCGUGCUAAUAGAUCUCCGUAAUGAGUGUUCCGUGGCGGGUGUCAUUGAUAAUGCCGAUGGUCACAUGAAUAUCCAUUUAUCCAAUGCUGUCUUUAUUAAUCGAAUGGGCCAACAGGUGGCAUUUGAUCAAUUUAUGUUACAUGAACGCAUGAUUAGACAAAUUCAUUUACCGCCCGACGUGGAUGUGGCGGAUGAUAUAAGAAAUUGGUGUGACAAAGGCUGUCUCAAGAAGCCGUUGCGUUCAAAUCUUGGGCCGAAGGGUAAAAGGACAUUCAAGCAGAAGCGGGCCCAAGAGAGACACAAGGAAAUCCUACAGGAAUUGGAAAAGAAACGGGCAGAGUGAAGCGAAAGGGAUUGGGAUUGUAAAAAGCCAUUUCUGUGGCAAUUCAGGCGGACACUUACGUUGGCAGUAUAAACCAUAAAUUUAGUCUGAAGAAUUUCAUAUCAAUUAAAUACAGACUCCAUAGAAAUUUGAAGCUGCAGUGAGUAUUAAUCACAGUAAGGAAAAAUGAAUACAAGCUCGUAUUUCUAAAAAGCCAAUAUUAAGCGGAAUUUGUACAGUGGGGGCUAAGAGGGUAUUAAAGAAUAAAACAAACAUUUGAAUAAUCAAUCGACAACUAUAACAUGGAUAUGCUUGGUUGCCUGUUUUUAACACUCAAAAGUCGUCAGACGUAAAGAUUUAUGUUCUAUCAAUAAGACAACAUAACGUGUUGCUGACCAUACAGUUCAUUAUUUCCUGUUAUUUGCCGAGUCAUCAUCCAUAUUUUAAAUUAUCCUUUUUAUGAAGAAAUGUUGAACUGUUGAAAAUCGCCAAACACUUGGUACCUGGGUGGCGUUAUUUUCCAAAUCUGUUAUAUUCACUGUAUAUACCGACAAAAAUAAAAACACAUCAUAUAUAGAAUUCCAUU